AUGGGGUGUGCCAUUGCCGACCAGUCCGGCAUGAUCAUUGCAGGCCAUGUGAAUGGCCCGGUGUGGGAACCGAAUGCCAAGCGCCCGGCCUCGGACCUCCACGCGGAGGUGAACGCCAUCGGCCGCUGCGCACGACUGGGGCGGUCCACAGAAGGCUCCUCGGUUUACAUCACGAUGCCACCGUGCAAGCGAUGUUUUAUGGCCCUGGUGGCUGCCGGCGUGCGGCGGAUUGUUACUCGAAAGGAGUUCCUGACCCAGGAUUCCAAGGAGCGAGUGACCCUACCUUGA